AUGGUGACCUUUGCAGAAACGUCAAAUGUCAGCCCCAUGGGUCUGUGUGAGCCACCCAGCAUAAUUGCGCCCUUGUCACCGGGGCUAAGGCGGAAAAAGAUGCUUUGGCAGAAUGCUGUUAAACACAUCAUCAACCAGCAGGAGCUCAAAGCCCAGGUUGGUCUGGAACCAGCUCGGAAGAUCUUUGUGACCGAUGCCUACAUAGCUGAGAUCAACAAGCAAAUAUUCAACAAGGGCUCCCGUGGCGUCACCAAACGCCGCUCUUCUACCAUGAGUAGAGUCCAUCCUCGUGGUUCCACCUGCACACAGAGCAGCGUGGGAGGUUUGUUUAAUGACUUCACCAGUGAUGCCGACUUCUUUGUGCACUGGGGUCACACUGUCCGUGGCAUCUACAUACCCUCCCUGAGGCACACCUUCAAGUCACGUGACAUGGAGAAACUGUACCAGCAGCACUCCUCUCACCAAAGACGCACCUCUUUAGCGAUCACCAAUGUCCUGGACGCUGUGGCCAAACUGCAUGUGUUGGUUCUGUACCUGGCACUGGCCCCCGAACCUCUCAUUGACACUGUGCGUGGCUGCCUGACGGGGAUCUUCAUGAUCUUUGCUGUAGCACUGUGCAUCGUGGUGUUGACCUACAAAGAUUCUCUGUCCCCACGGUGGCUGCAGUACGCUGGUCUGGCCAGUUGGCUGUCACAGACCACCCAGGUGCUAGGGGGUCUGGUGUAUGGACUAGAAAAAGACCCGUCCUGGUAUGUUUUGUUCACAUUGUUUGCCACAUACACGUUGCUGCCCUUACCUCUGCUGUGGGCCAUGUGUGCAGGCUCCCUUACCUCAGUACUGCACCUUCUGGUGGAGAUGGUGCGCAACUACAAUGAUGCAUCGAUCACCAGAAAGGUUUUUGCCAAAGGCCUGCUGUACCUGGGUAUGAACACAGCUGGCUUGUUCAUCCACUACUUGACUGACCACGCCCAGAGGCAAGUAUUCUUGGAGACACGGCGCUGCAUCGAGGGUCGCCUCAAACUGGAGCAAGAGAACCAGAGACAGGAGCGUCUGGUGCUGUCAAUCCUGCCUCGCUUUGUUGCCUUGGAGAUGAUUUCUGACAUGAGCUCCUUGGAGGAUGAACUCAGUUCCCAGGAGUUGCACAAGAUCUAUAUCCACCAGUACAGAAACGUCAGCAUUCUUUUUGCAGAUAUCAAGGGCUUCACCCUCUUGUCAAUGAACCUGUCUGCGCAGGACUUGGUCCGAACCCUCAAUGAACUCUUUGGACGCUUUGACCACCUGGCAGAGGAACACCACUGCCUGAGGAUAAAGAUACUGGGAGACUGUUACUACUGUGUCUCUGGUGUCCCUGAGCCGCAACAGGCCCACGCCCGUUACUGUGUGGAGAUGGGGCUGGCUAUGAUUAGCACCAUUAGGUAUGUGAGGAAGCAGUUAAACUUUGACAUGGACAUGAGGAUUGGCAUCCACUCUGGAUCUGUCCUGUGUGGGGUGCUGGGGCUGCAGAAAUGGCAGUUUGACGUCUGGUCCUGGGAUGUGGGCAUCGCCAACAUGCUGGAGGCAGGAGGAAUACCAGGUCGUAUCCACAUCUCCCGGGCCACUCUGGACUGCUUAAACGGCAUCUUCAAGACAGAGGACGGACACGGCCGGGACAGGAAUGAGUUUUUGAGGAAGCACAACAUAGACACUUAUCUCAUCUGCCCUCAGGAGGAACGGGGCAACGUUGACCACACAGAGCACCCCAGGGUCCAGAAGACCAGUCACUCAUGGCACCCAGAGUUUCCUUUCAAGAAUGUAGUUGAUAUGAACAGUAUCUUGGCCUCCUUCACAAACGGCUCUCUACCCAACGUAUGCCAGUCCACUUCUAAAGAGAUCAACAAACGCAUCAAACACGCCAUCGUGGUCCGAAGCAGUGAGCGUAUGCGCAAGGAGCACAUUACUCCACUGACACUCGUGUUUAAGGACACACACAUAGAAGACAAGUUUUCCCAGAUGAGAGAUGAAAUGUUCAACUCAAAUUUGGUCUGCUCCUUCACCAUGCUCCUCUUCCUUAUAGCUGCACAGGCCCUAAUCCCUGCUCCAAGGAGGUUGUUCCCUGCCGUCCUCCAGCUUUCUGUCUUUCUCCUCACCUACAUGCUGCUGAUGCUGCUCACGCUGGCCGAGGAGUUCAAGUGGACUCCAGCUGCACUGCAGCACCUCUGCUGCUGGAUCCACGAAAACAACAGGGCCCGCAACGUUCUCACACUCGCUGCCAUCAUCAUCAACUUUGGUUUGACGUCCACUGACAUGGUGUGGUGCCUGGUCAGUAACACUGGAGAGAUGGUGGACAAAAGCAACACAGCCGCACAUCCUCUUACUGUUUGCACAUACCCUGAGGUGUUUGUACUGAGUGGUGUGAUCGCCAUGGUAACCUGUGCUGUGUUCCUUCGUCUGAAUUCGCUGUUGAAGCUGACAGUCCUGCUGCUGGCUGUAGCCGUGUAUUCCUACCUGAUCCAACUGGCCUUCCUCACACUGUCAAGCCACGAUGUGCAGCACCGGUCUCAUUAUGUCAGAAGAAAUGGCAUCGCGAUUCUUCUCAUGGUCAUGUUCAUUGUAGCCGUCUACUACAAUGGACGGCAGUGGGAAGCCACAGCCAGGUUGGACUUCCUGUGGCGUCUCCAGGCCCAACAGGAAGUGGAAGACAUGAGGGAGUUGCGGGAGCACAACGAGUGUUUGCUGCACAACAUCUUGCCCAUGCACGUUGCCCGACACUUCCUGGACCGGAGCAAGAAUGACGAGGAGCUCUACUCGCAGUCCUAUGAUGAAGUGGGUGUCAUGUUCGCUUCCAUCGAUGGGUUCAACGAGUAUUUCGAGCAGAAGGAGAUCAAACAUGAAGGAGUGGACUGCCUCCGACUGCUGAAUGAGAUCAUCGCUGGCUUUGAUGAGCUCCUGGAGGAGUCAUACUUUCACGACGUGGAGAAGAUUAAGACCAUCGGGAGCUGCUACAUGGCAGCCUCUGGCCUGGUUCCAGACAAACAGGCAUACAUGAAUGACUGGAAUCACCUGAGUGAACUGGUACUGUUCGCUCUGGCCAUGCAGGAGACUUUGAAGGAGAUCAACAGGGACUCGGCCAAAAACUUUCAGCUGCGCGUGGGCAUCGCCCAUGGGCCCGUUGUGGCAGGUGUGAUCGGUGCCACCAAGCCACAGUACGACAUCUGGGGGUCAACGGUGAACUUGGCCAGCCGUAUGGACAGCACAGGUGUUAGUGGACGCAUCCAGGUCCCUGAGGCCACACGCAGGAUCCUGACAGACUGGGGCUUUGUUCUGGAGCUGCGUGGAGAAAUAUUUGUCAAGGGGGUGAGUGAGCGCCAGGGGAAGGUCCGCACCUACUUCAUCAGCACAGUUCGCAAUAAGACAGCCACAUACGGACGCACAGGGGGGCGGACAGGAGGGAGGAUGACACUGGCAGAAGUGGUGUUCGGUCUGGUCCAGGCCAGAAACAAGGAGAAGAUCAGGGAAACUAACGGCGGCUUCAGCCUGUCUCCGUGCUCCCUGCAGUGCUGACAAGACCCUCUGCGUCAGAGGACUGGGCAGCAGAGGAGGACACGAUCCAGCCACAUUGUUUCUUCUCCUACACAAAUGUUGUCCUCAUCUCAUGCUUUGCCAUAAGACAAUUUGCUGCACAAAAUAAUCACAAGACUCUGUUUUAACUGUGACUGUGACCUUUAAUGUUUGUUGGGUUUUUUAUCUUUUAAGGAACAGUAUUUCACAUAGGAACUCAUUCUGACUUUGAAGGUAAUUUUAUACACAUGCAACAAAAGCCAACAUUUUGUUUUCUUUUAAAUAAAACAUCACACCUCUAGGACAAAACACACUACCUCAAAACAACCACCUCAGAAGUCUGUACAUAAAGGGUCUCCAACUAUUUUUCUCUAAGAGAUACUUUUACAAAAUAAAAAUGACAGAGAGCUA